AACUCCGCCCAGUUGGCUCCGGUGGCGAAGGGAAAGUCAGCCCCAGCCGAGCCGAAAAGAGGAACGUGUGAGCGAGCGAGCGGAGGGCAAGCCAAAGGAGAAUCCGACCUGGUUUGGAUCGUGGGAUGCGCCAUCCUCGCGGCACCUAACGCGCAACGACCGCACUUCCAUUUGCAGAAAGUGGAAAUUCAUAUUGGAGGCUGUCUUGGGAACAACCAUUAUUACAUCUACAAGAGGUAGCAUAAUUCUUAUCCUAUCACAGACUAAGCCACUGAUUCUACAAUGUCCAGUAUAGAUCCGUAUCAGCAGAUUAUGGUGGAACAUCAGUAUUCGCACAAAUUUACUGUGACAGUUAAGCAAGCGAAAAAUGUCACCAAAGGGGCUUUUGGAGAUAUGUUAGACACUCCUGACCCCUAUGUGGAGAUCUUUAUUCCCACGGCACCAGACAGCAGGAAGAGAACAAACUAUAUCAACAACAAUGUGAACCCUGAGUGGAAUGAAACUUUUGAGAUAAUUUUGGACCCCAACCAGGAAAAUAUUCUGGAGAUUACUCUUAUGGAUGCAAAUUAUGUGAUGGAUGAGACUAUUGGUACAGCAACUUUCCCCAUUUCAUCUUUGAAAAUUGGGGAGAAGAAACAAGUUCCAUUCAUCAUUAAUAAAGUUACAGAAGUCACGUUGGAGGUAUCUCUUGAAGUUUGCUCUUCAACAGAUCUCCGUUUCAGCAUGGCUCUGUGUGAUGAGGAGAAGGACUUCCGACAGCAGCGGAAAACUAGAGCAAUGCAUCAUCUGAACAAGUUAUUGGGAGCUGAUUUGACCUCCAUUCGUGAUGUGCCAGUAAUAGCAAUCUUGGGAUCUGGAGGAGGAUUUCGGGCAACUGUGGGAUUUUCUGGAGUAAUAAAAGCACUGUAUGAAUCUGGAAUUUUAGACUGUGCAACAUAUAUUGCUGGAUUAUCUGGAUCCACAUGGUAUAUGUCAACCCUGUAUUCUCAUCCAGAUUUCCCAGUGAAAGGCCCAAAGGAGAUAAACGUUGAGUUGAGGAACAGUAUUAGUCACACCCCACUGAAGCUACUUACACCACAGAAAGUGAAGCGAUACAUUGAAGCCCUGUGGAAGAAGAAGAGAUCCGGGCAGCCUGUGACAUUCACGGACAUCUUUGGAAUGCUGAUAGGAGAAACACUGAUUCAAAAUAGAAUGGAUAACACUUUAUCUCACAUGAAGGAAAAAAUCAACAAAGCGCAGUCAGCUUUGCCACUUUUUACCUGUCUUCAUGUUAAACCUGAUGUGUCAGAAUUGAUGUUUGCAGACUGGGUGGAGUUCAGUCCCUAUGAGAUUGGAAUGGCUAAAUAUGGGACCUUCAUGUCUCCCAAUCUGUUUGGCAGCAAGUUUUUUAUGGGCACAGUAGUGAAAAAAUACAAAGAGAACCCUCUGCAUUUCUUAAUGGGUAUCUGGGGAAGUGCAUUUGCUAUACUGUUCAACAGAGUGCUUGGGGUUUCUAACAACCAAACUAAAGGACCCACAAUGGAAGAAGAACUAGAAAAUAUCAGGAUGCGACAGAUUGUAAGCAAUGAUUCAGAUAGUGAUGAUGAAUCACAGGGCCCAAAAGGUAAGAGACAUUACCAAUCAUGCCUGCAAAAUAAACAAACAAAUAAUGAAAGCUGGGUUCAGAGGAUGUUUAUGGCACUGGUAGGCGACAGCACCCUUUUCAACACCCGGGAUGGCCGGGCUGGCAAAGUCCAUAAUUUCAUGUUGGGCUUGAAUCUCAAUACUUGCUAUCCGUUUUCCCCUUUUGUCGGGGUCAGUACUCAGGAAUCUGUGGAGGACGACGAUGAUACUGCGGUAACAGAUCCCAAUGAAUUUGACAGGAUAUUGGAACCUCUGGAUGUAAAGAGUAAAAAAAUUCAUGUUGUGGACAGUGGACUUACUUUUAAUUUGCCAUAUCCACUUAUCUUAAGACCACAGCGAGGAGUGGAUCUUAUUAUCUCGUUUGAUUUUUCGGCUCGCCCCAGUGAUUCUAGCCCUCCUUUUAAGGAAAUUUUACUUGCUGAAAAAUGGGCCAAAAUGAACAACCUUCCUUUCCCGAAAAUAGACCCAAAUGUGUUUGAUCGUGAAGGGUUAAAAGAGUGCUACGUCUUCAAACCCAAAAAUCCUGCAUCUGAAAUAGAUUGUCCCACGAUUAUUCAUUUUGUUUUGGCCAAUAUCAGCUUCAGAAAUUACAAAGCACCAGGUGUUCCAAGAGAAACUCAAGAAGAGAGAUUUGCUGACUUUGAUAUUUUUGAUGAUCCUGACUCACCAUUCUCCACCUUCAAUUUCCAGUAUUCCCAUGAGGCUUUCAACAGGUUGCACGAUCUGAUGGAGUUCAAUACCCUUAACAACUUACAGGUAAUCAAAGACGUGAUAACAGACAGUAUUGAGUAUAGAAGGCAGAACCCAUCACGCUGUUCUGUGUCCCUCAGCAAUGUUGAAGCAAGGAGAUACUUCAACAAAGCGAAAAGCAAUAACCAUACAUAAGGAUCAGUCUGAGUUUUGCUACUUAGAGCCAAGGAUUGUGCAUUGAUCAAAUAGACUAUAUGCAGAAAAGAAUCCUCUGGGAGCGAAUCAUUACAAAAUAAAGGAAUACAAUUGCAUCCCUGAUAAUGAUGAUGAUGAAAAUGAUAGCAGGUUUAUUUACAGUUAGAAACCAAAUAACAUACAGUAUAAAUUCCAAAAUAUGACAUAAAGGAAGAAGGAGAAAAAGAACAAAGUAAAAUACUUAACACAAUAGAAUUCAUAAACAUCAUAGUAGAUAAUAAUGUUAAAAUAAAGUAAAAUUUAAAAAAUGG